CCGGUGGGGGAGGAGGCGGGCGGUUCAGUAUCGGCCUCUUUACCCCUCUCAGACACCUCCCUCCGCCGUCAGACAAAGCCGGACAGCACGGGGCAAAGCUGGGGCCGCGGAGAGUGAGCAACAGAUCCCUACCCCGACAGCAAGUGCAUGAACCUGUCCAAACCGAGCAACCGGCACCCCUUCCUCCAGCAGGCGCUGCCGCAGGCUGACACCCUCUGCUUAAAUGCGUUACGGACCCAAAAUGAUGCCGAUGUUCCUCACGGUUUAUCUCAGUAACAAUGAGCAGCAUUUUACAGAGGUGCCGGUCACCCCCGAGACCACCUGCCGAGACAUCGUGGAGCUGUGUAAGGAGCCGGGCGAGACGGACUGUCAUCUAUCCGAAGCGUGGAGGGGCUCAGAACGACCCGUGGCGGAUAACGAGCGGAUGUACGACGUUCUGCAUAAAUACGGGACGCAGAAGCACGAAGCGAGGUUCUACCUGCGCCAUGACCGCCCUCCGUCUAGAGAAUCGGUAAAUGCACAGAGAGUCAACGACCCCAAUAUGAAAAGGAACGGAGUGAAAGCCCCGGCUGACCGGAGGAUAGAGAACGGGGUGAAUGGUCCCAGGAUGGACAUGACUCUGGCUGAAUUGCAGGAGAUGGCAGCCCGACAGCAGCAGCAGAUUGAAGCCCAACAGCAGAUGCUGGCCACCAAGGAGCAGCGCCUGAAGUAUCUGAAGCAGCAAGGCCAGCGGCAGCAGCAGCAAGCGAGCGAGCAGGAGAAGCUCAAAAGGCUCCGCGAGAUCGCCGAAAACCAAGAGGCCAAGCUCAAGAAAGUUCGGGCCCUCAAGGGUCACGUGGAGCAGAAAAGGCUGAGCAAUGGCAGGCUAGUGGAGGAAAUCGAACAGAUGAACAACAUGUUCCAGCAGAAGCAGAAGGAACUCGUCGUAGCCGUGUCCAAAGUGGAAGAGCUCAGCCGACAGCUGGAGAUGCUGAAGAAUGGCCGAAUCGAGGGUUACCCUGACAACCAGUCGGCCGUCGCCGAGCUCGACAGAUUGUAUAAGGAGUUACAGUUAAGGAACAGGCUGAACCAGGAGCAGAAUGCCAAGCUGCAGCAGCAGAGAGACAGCCUGAACAAACGCAACUCGGAGGUGGCGGCCAUGGACAAGCGCGUCAACGAGCUGCGAGAUCGCCUGUGGAAGAAAAAGGUUGCGCUGCAGCAGAAGGAGAACGUGCCGAUUUCAUCUGAUGGGAAUGUACCUCAGCAGGUAGCGAGCACUCCCAGCCGAGUGGCUGCCGUGGGUCCUUACAUUCAGUCUGCCACCAUGCCGCGUAUGCCCUCUAGACCAGAGCUGCUCGUUAAACCCGCCGUUCCAGAAGCACCCGCGACCACACAAGUGCCUGACGUGACACUGAAAUCACAAACUCUGCCCAACAUGAAAACUUCAUCCCAGGGCAAGGCAGCAUCUGGCAUGGGGAUUCACAGCGUCAAACUCCAGCCGAGUGGGACCGAUUGGAGCAAUACGAAUGGAGAUGCUCAAAACUCGCUGAGCGUCGCAGGACAGGCCCCGGACGCAGAUAUUUCUGUACGAGAGAAGGACAAAAAGACCAGACCUUGUUCGAUGUUUGAUUCGGUUGAGUCUCCUCCAGGGCCACCAAAUUUCGGGACUUUAAGGAAAAACCAGAGCAGUGAAGAUCUUUUGCGGGAUAGCCAGUUUCCUAACAGAAAUGUGGCAAAGGUGCCACCACCGGUGCCCUCCAAACCGAAACAGGUCAACCUGCCUUACUACAACCAGAACCAGCCCACCCAGCCACCUCCCGUGGACCCCAAAUCUGAAGUUGCCUCCCAAAAACCUCUUCCGGUCUCUGUCGGGAAUAAGCAGAAAGUGGCACAGCCACAGAGGGUCCCCCUCCCCUCAAAUCAGGAACUUACCCCACCUGUCAAACUGGAUAACCCCCCUGCCGUGGCAGUUCGUCCUUUUACCCCGCAGCCGGCUAAAGAUCCACCACCUCCACCGUUCCGGAAACCCCAGAUGGUGGCCGCCAGCUCCAUUUAUUCCAUGUACACCCAGCACCAGACCCCGGGGAAAAGCUACAGCGUGCAAGGAGCCCUUCACCGAGCUCAGGGAAGGCCACAUUUUCCUAGUGUUUACGGGAAACCUGUGAUCGGUGCCGGACCCCAGAACCAGCAGUCCUUAAACACAUCUGUAGAUGAGCAGGCAAAGUCCAGCAGCCCCGACCCGGAAUCAGAGCCUCCCGUUUCCGGUAACGAGACCCAGGAGACGGAAAGAAUUCCUCGUCCGCUUAGUCCAACUAAACUCCUGCCGUUCCUAUCCAAUCCGUACCGAAACCAGAGCGAUGCCGACCUUGAGGCUCUGAGAAAGAAACUCUACAAUGCUCCCAGGCCGUUAAAGAAACGCAGCUCCAUCACAGAGCCAGAAGGACCCAAUGGACCAAACAUUCAGAAACUCUUGUACCAGAGGACUACCCUGGCGGCCAUGGAGACAGUCGGCGCUCCUAAGCAAACCGUGGUGCCGAUCUCCGAGAGCUUGGCCGAGAACCAGAACGAGCAGAUCACGGUGGACCCAGAAACCGAAUCUUCAGAAACCUCGUCGUCCCUCCUGGUUCUUGAUGCCGAGCCGGUUGAUGAGAUUAACACAGAGGAAAUCGAGCUGCCUUCUCCUGUGCUGGGUCCAGAUUGCAUACCCGAGGGAAUACCGACCGAGGUUCUUCCACCUCCACCUCCACCACCACCGCCUGCUGAAUCCGAGGAAGCCCCAGAAGAGGUUCAGCCAACCAACCCCUAUAUAGAAGAGUACCCACCUUAUCCUCCACCCCCGUAUCCCACCGCCGGGGAACCAGACAGCCUAGCUGAAGAUGCACUCAACAUGCGCCCUCCUGAGAUCACCGGACAGUUUUCUUUGCCCCCAGGUAAAAGGACCAACCUGCGCAAGAACGGGUCGGAGCGAAUUGCACAUUCGAUGAGAGUGAGGUUUAACCCCCUGGCGUUGCUGCUCGAUUCCUCUCUGGAGGGGGAGUUUGACCUCGUGCAGAGAAUAAUAUAUGAAGUGGAGGACCCGAGCCAGCCCAAUGACGAGGGGAUAACGGCCCUCCAUAACGCGGUGUGCGCGGGUCACACGGAGAUCGUGAAGUUCCUGGUGCAGUUUGGAGUCAAUGUGAAUGCAGCGGACAGCGACGGAUGGACCCCUCUGCACUGCGCCGCGUCGUGUAAUAACGUGCAGGUUUGCAAGUUCCUGGUGGAGUCGGGAGCCGCCGUAUUCGCCACGACCUACAGCGACAGACAGACGGCCGCAGAUAAAUGCGAAGAGAUGGAGGAGGGGUACAGCCAGUGCUCGCAGUUUCUGUAUGGUGUGCAGGAGAAGAUGGGCAUCAUGAACAGAGGAGUAGUGUACGCGUUGUGGGGCUACGAGGCGGAGAGCGACGACGAAUUCUCUUUGAAGGAAGGCGACUGCAUGACUGUUUUGCGGAGGGAGGAUGAAGAUGAGACGGAAUGGUGGUGGGUCCGCCUGCAAGACGGCGAAGGAUAUGUUCCACGCAACCUGCUUGGGCUCUACCCAAGAAUUAAACCAAGACAGAGAACUUUGGCUUAAACGGUUAAUGAAGUUUUCCUGUUAGAAAAGGAAGAAAUGAGGUCUCGCUAUUUCACCAGAUACAGAGAUAUCCACGUGGCUUGAAAGCAGUAAAGACAGAUGGAUGUGUAACGGCCGGGUAUAACGGAUGCGUUGCACCUCCUCGGACUAAGGACCUACUGCCUCCCGUACUUCUUCAGACGCUGAGAUGUUUGUCGGCUUUUUAUUUUGCCGAAAAGUUUAGUGCCCUCCUUCUCGCGCUCGUCUCUGACACGUCCGGCAACUUUGAAUUCCUUAGACCUUUGGAUGUUCUUUCUGCUUAAAACAAAAAAGGACCUUCCUCGGGCGCUGUUUAGACGUGAACUGGUUAUUCGAAAGAUGUUUUUAAGAUGUUCCUUUUUACAUUUUUUUUUUUUUAUUCACUAACAUGAAAUGUACCAAUAUCAUGAAUUCUCAUGUAGGGUUAGGGAUUUUCAGUAUUUUACAAAAAAAAAAAAUCUAUAUUUAUUUUUUUCUUUAUUCUGAGAAUAUGUAGUAUAUAAAAAAAAAAAAAUGUAGGUUCUAAAAAAAAAAAUGUAAUAAAAUGUUAACCGGAUUUUAUGUAACGCGUUACUGUAAAGCGUGGUGGUUUGCGUCGUGCUGCGGGGGAUGCCUGGGCUUCUUGUUGCGAUUUAAGGAAUAAUGAGUGGGGGUCAAUAUAAAGAUUAUGGCAAAAUUCAGUCCAUUUAAAAACUGGAUUUGGGGCUAAUGGAUCUUUUAGCAGGAC